AUGACACAGCAUUUGAAAAAUGUCCGGGGGCAACUACAAGAGAGAGAUGGACAACUAACAGAAAAAGAUCGCCAACUAAGAGAGAGAGAUGAACAACUGAGGGAGAUGGGAAAUCAGUUGACAGAUAUCAGGAGGCAGCUACAAGAGAGAGAUGGACAACUAACAGAAAAAGAUCGCCAAUUAAGAGAGAGAGAUGAACAACUGAGGGAGAUGGGAAAUCAGUUGACAGAUAUCAGGAGGCAGCUACAAGAGAGGGAUGGACAACUAACAGAAAAAGAUCGCCAACUAAGAGAAAGAGAUGAACAACUGAGGGAGAUGGGAAAUCAGUUGACAGAUAUCAGGAGGCAGCUACAAGAGAGGGAUGGACAACUAACAGAAAAAGAUCGCCAACUAAGAGAGAGAGAUGAAGAACUGACGGAGAAGACACAGCAGUUGACAGAUACUGAAGGGCAACUACAGGAGAAAGAUAAACAACUGAGGGAGAAGACACAGCAGUUGGCAAAUACCCAAGGGCAAUUACAAGAGAAAGAUGGAGAACUGAAGGAGAAGACGCAGCAGUUAGCAAAUACUCAAGGGCAAUUACAAGAGAAAGAUGAAGAACUGAAGGAGAAGACACAACACUUAAAAAAUGCGGAAGAACAACUACAAGAGAAGGAUGACGAGGUUUCUUCCUUAGAGAGCCGGCUGGAGGAAAAAGAACAGCAGGUAGACGAACUGGAAGAUUCUCUUUCAGCAACUUCACAGGCGUUAAAUAAACUUUCGCGCCAACAAUUACCUGACUGGGUCAUUCCACGUUAUCAGAUUCAACUGACAGAGAAGUGCCUUGGUAGGGGUGGCUGGGGAAUUGUAGUUAAAGGCAAAUAUUGUGGGUGCACUGUUGCCGUGAAACAAAUCUAUGACGAUCUUUUGAAAUCUUCCUCAUAUUAUCGGGAGUUGUUCGAGAGAGAAAUGAAUAUUGCCUCUAGAUGUCGCCAUCCUUGUUUGCUUCAGUUUAUUGGAGCAACAAACGAUGAAGGAACUCCUUUGUUUGUCACAGAGCUCAUGGAAACAAUUUUACGAGCACUGUCAGAGCAGCGAUCUCUUUCUCCUACUGAAGUGUCUGUCAUCUCUUUAGACGUGGCUCAAGCAUUAAACUAUCUUCACCUGAAGAAGCCAUCCCCCAUCAUUCACCGCGACAUCAGCAGUGCCAAUGUGUUACUGUGGCGAGAAGCUGACCAAUGGCGAGGCAAAGUGUCGGAUUAUGGCACGGCUAAUUUCAAGCGAGACAUUAUGACGGCUUGUCCUGGUUCUAGGAUAUACAGUGCUCCUGAGGCACUUACUGAGAAUCAAACUGCCAAGGUAUGUGUACAUUUGUAUAUUUGAGUUAUAUUUCUGAAUUGUUUAUUUGUGUUUACAGUAAACAGUCUGGUGAAGUAUUUUAAUUAUAAGAAGUUAAAUCAGUUUGUCGACUGGGCGGGAUAAAAAUUGUCUGUUCUUUGAAUGCGAUUAAACCCUUUUCCUGGGUAACCGCUCGUGUGCUUUAGGUAUAGUCUAUAGUCUUAAGGGAACUCGUGGUAAGACAUGCCAGAAACAAGGUUAAUGAGAAAAAGUGAACUUCGACUUCUUGAGAAGAGUCGAGCCUAAAUCUUCUGCUUUUAGAAUGCCCCACUGUAGAGCUAGACUAGAUUUCUCUAUGGGUCAGCAACGAGGCACCAUUCCUACGUGGCGAACUAGAUUAGACAUAAAUAGUCUCAAAGUAGCAAGAACACUUAUAUCAAACUUAAACCUUUUUGCAACCAUUGAUAAUGAACUAAGGUGUACUAUAAAUUUUUUUUUAAAACUGUAAUUUUGUUUUCGAGCAUAGGUUGAUGUGUACAGUUUCGGAGUUCUCCUCUGUGAGAUUUGCACCCGGAAACUACCAGAUCCUGACAGACGCGACGAGCAAGUUGCCAUGGUGAAAAAUCGAACACUGCGAGCUCUCAUCCGGAGAUGUCUGAAACGCGCUCCUGGAGCGAGACCCAGCAUGGAAGACAUCAUCGGUGAACUAGAACAAUCAAUGUUAGAUUAGUUUUGACAAGAUCUGCUCUUUCAUUCACACUUGCGAUCGAAAAAGAAAGUAGCACGCAAACCUAUAAUGGCUUAUUUAAAAGGCUUUUUCCAAAAUAAUACCUAAUCUAAUUUUUCAGUUGGUUCAGUGUUUAGUUUUUAGGAAGUGUGCGGGCUUUUUAGUAUGCAUACGUGUCUGAUCGCUACGACCAUCUUCCGUCAGUUUUUUAGGUUGAGUCACCGUUAGUUCUUUCCCGAAGGUGAUUCAGGUAAAAAAAAGGAAGAGGUAUUUUAUGACUAGAAUAUUUUUUCGAGUAUUCAGCGGCUCCCAAUGGUAAAAUUUAGUCACAGUCUUCAUACGGUUUUAACUUUUGUUGUGUGUGAAAUUUAAAAUCCAAGUAAAAUUUGGCAUUUGAAAGUUGUUUAAAAAGCAUUUGAAGUGCUAUUAAAAAAAUAUAUUCCUUCCAUUAGCGUUUACACGGCUUUUAAAUUUAAUAAUACAGGUUUGCAACAAAGUGCCUCAGCAAUGAGACUUUGAUAUGAUCGAUUAGCAGCUUUUUUGUAAAGUGCAUUCUCUGUAUAAACUCUAGACUAGGUAGAAAAUGCAGUUGUAGACUACACACUAGGUAUGAAUUGUAGCCUGAUGAAGUAAAAAAGGGCAAUCGCACAAUGAUAUGAUAUAUCAGGGAUGAUAAUUAACAUCCUGCUGAUUAGCCAGUAGACUUAAUUGAGAUUAUUUAGCUGGUGUUUCUGUGUUUUGAUUGGGAUUGAUUCUUUCCUUUUCGAACGUCGUUAGAAGUUAUAAAGAGACCUGAGACUAUUGUGUGAUUUACAGGUAACCUCAGUGUUUAGAUCAUAUGUUACGCUAUUAUGUACAUAUGAAUCCGGCAUAGAUAAAUUGUCUAUAAAUAGCAAAGACAGCAAUAACUUGAUAGUACAGUUAUAUUCCUCAGUCGAAAGUGAAACAUUUUUAAGUGCACACUGCAAAGACUGUUUGCAGUGCGAUCAAGAUAGAAAUGAAAUGAAGUAGGAUGCC